CCCACACAGCGUUUCACUCGCUUCCGCUCCGGAGCUCCGAGACAGAUGGCAGAAGUCGCUCCCGCCGCCGCGCCGGCCAAAGCGCCCAAGAAGAAAGCAGCUUCAAAGAGCAAGAAAUCAGGCCCGAGCGUCGGCGAGCUCAUCAUCAAAGCGGUUUCUGCGUCGCAGGAGAGGAGCGGCGUGUCCCUCUCCGCCUUGAAGAAAGCUUUACAGGCCGCCGGAUACGAUGUGGAGAAGAACAACUCCCGCGUCAACAUCGCCGUCAGGAACCUUGUGAGGAAAAGCGUCCUGGUGCAGACCAAAGGGACCGGUGCGUCUGGCUCUUUCAAGCUGAACAAGACGCAGACCGAAGACAAGAAAGCCGCGCCCAAAGCCAGAAAGGCGGCCGCCAAAAAGCCAACCGCCGCUAAGAAGGUAGCCAAGAAACCCGCCGCCAGGAAGUCUCCUAAGAAGGCGAAGAAGCCCCCCGCCGCCAGGAAAGCCACUAAAAGGCCGAAGAAGGCGAAAAAACCGUCGACCCCCAAAAAGGCUGCCAAGAGCGCGAAGAAGACAAAAACUGCCAAGCCCAAAGCCGUAAAGCCCAAAACGGCCAAGGCGAAAAAGGCGGCCCCCAAAAAGAAGUAA